AUGACGCUGUACGGAACCUCUGAUGCUCUAAUGUGUAGAGCAUUUCCCACCACUCUGAGAGGGUCGGCCCGCGCGUGGUACGGUGGCCUGAAGACUGGAACGAUCGCUUCCGUCGACCAGCUCGUCAAGGACUUCAAGCUCAACUUCUUGGCCUACGCACGGUUCUUCUGGUCCCUCGUGGAGCGACCCCCCUCUGUAGUGCCUGAGAUGCUUCAACGCGUGAACCAGUUCAUCGCGGCCGAGGCCUGGAUGGCCGGGAAGCGGGAGGAGCACAAGCGAGCUAGGCCGGAGCCGGCCCGGGGACAACCGUCCACCACGCUGAGGUGCAGGGUGGACCGGCCUGACCCGCUGGCGCUGAGGACCUCGUUGCCCUCUUUGGGCGCAUCCCGAACAGAGAUAUUUCUCCAAAUAAGGGAAAAAGGGCUGCUAAGGCCCCCCGUCCCGAUGAAGAACCCCGGGCACGAUACUAAGGAGUGCCGCGAGCUGAAGCCGCAAAUCGAGGAGCUCGUCCGCAGAGGACACCUCAGUCGGUACAUCCGACAGAAUAGGGAACCCUCGCCCCAUUCGGAGGGCUCCGUUGAGCGUCACAUCGACGUCAUCACGGGCAGCUCAGCAUCCGGUGGGGUCAGUAUGUCCGGAAGGAAGGCAUAUGCCUGUUCCGCUAGGGCCGAUGCUCCUCGACACAACCCUGACCCCGAGGUCGCGUUCCCUCCCGAGGGCGCUGAGCGACCAGAGCAUGACGAUGCGCUCGUGAUAACGACUCGAAUCGCCAAUGCCCAGGUGAGGAGAAUCAUGAUCGACACGGGGAGCUCAACCGAUGUGCUCUACCUUGACGCUUUCCAGAAACUUGGGUUAGCCAAAGUGCCCUUGGAGCCUAUCUGCUCGGCACUCACAGGGUUCACCGGCGACUCGAUCUCACCGUUGGGAGCUGUCACCUUGCCCCUGACUCUGGGAGCACCUCCCAGAACAAAGAUGGUGAUGUCCACCUUCUUAGUGGUCGAUCUCCCUACGGCAUGCAAUGCCAUCCUCGAUCGCCCCACCCUCAACAAGAUUAGAGUCGUAGUCUCCACCUACCACCAGACGGUGAAGUUUCCGACCCAUGCGGGGAUAGGGGAGGUCUGGGGGAGCCCUCGUGAGUCCAUACAAUGCUACCUGACGACGAUUUCGCUACACAAAAGGGCAAAGACUGACCGACCCCUAGAGGACCCAAGGGAGACGAAGCGGCCGACCCCACAUCCUGAGCCGACGGCACCCACUUGUGACAUACUGUUGAUGAAAGAUCAGUCGGACAGGACGAUCAAAGUCAGAUUGGAACUCCCCGAGCAAGAGCGGGAGUAG